AUGUUUGCCUCAUUAAGAAGAGCUAUUGCUGCACGAGGUCUUACUCGAAGUCAUUCGAAUCUGCUUGAGUACAACACCGUAUUCCCCCUCGAUAACGACGAUGAUUUACAGAGCUUAAAAAGUCUGGUUGAGUAUUAUGGCCGGUUACUACUCACGGUCACCAGAGGCGAAUCUACGGACGAUGGAAGUGAUAGCCAAUCUACUACUGAUAGUGAACGCAUGGAAGAAUCAAACAGAAGAAGUGGCUGGGUUGAAGAUGUUCGUCCUCCCGGUCAUGACUAUUGUGUAGUUGGAGAACCUGGAGUCAUUUACGAUCACCCAUCGUUCAGCCUGUGUAUGGCUAUUGAAAUGCCACUGUGUACUUGGAGUGAGGACAGUUUAUCGACCCCAAGCUCAACUCCUAGAAGACGGCGAAGAUCAACCAAGAGUAGCAAAAUAAAAGGAGGUUACAGUGAUGCCUCGGUAUCACCUUUGGCACUUCCUUUGCCGCUGUCUUUAGAGACAAAUUCAGUAUACUCGGUUGAUGACAGCUCGGCCACAAAUUCUCUUUAA